GCCGGGGAGGGGGAGGGGGCGGCACUUCCGGUCAGGCCCUCGGGUCUCCCCUGUGCGGCGGCGCCUCCUCCGCCUCCUCGGUCUCCUCCCGGCGGAGACCCCGGCGCCGGUCUCACAACCCCACCCGGCUGAGAUGGAGGCAAACGCAGCAGGCGGCGGCGGGGGCGGCGGCCUUGGGGGCGAGGACGGGGUGCACUUCCAGAGCUACCCCUUCGACUUCCUGGAGUUCCUCAACCACCAGCGCUUCGAGCCCAUGGAGCUGUACGGGGAGCACGCCAAGGCGGUGGCGGCCCUGCCCUGCACCCCCGGGCCCCCACCGCAGCCGCCGCCGCAGCCCCCGCCACCCCAGUAUGACUACCCGCCCCAGGCCGCCUUCAAGCCUAAGGCUGAGACGCCCUCCUCGUCCUCAUCCUCCGCUUCGUCCACCUCAUCAUCGUCAUCCUCCUCUUCCUCCUCCCAAGCCAAGAAGCCCGACCCACCCUUGCCGCCCGCCUUCGGGGCGCCCCCGCCCCCCCUCUUUGACGCUGCCUUCCCGGCCCCGCAGUGGGGCAUUGUGGACCUCUCAGGACACCAGCACCUGUUUGGGAACCUGAAACGUGGAGGGCCCACUUCUGGGCCAGGGGUGGCCCCGGGGCUGGCCACUGCCGCUGGGACACCCGGGCCACUCCCCGCCCCCUCACAGACCCCGCCGGGGCCCGCUGCAGGGGCGGCCUGUGACCCCACCAAGGACGACAAGGGCUACUUCCGUAGGCUGAAGUACCUGAUGGAGCGGCGCUUCCCGUGCGGCGUGUGCCAGAAGUCCUUCAAGCAGUCCUCUCACCUGGUCCAGCACAUGCUGGUGCACUCGGGGGAGAGGCCCUACGAGUGCGGCGUCUGUGGCCGCACCUACAACCACGUCUCCAGCCUCAUCCGCCACCGCCGCUGCCACAAAGAUGCCCCGCCCACCACAGGGGUCCUACCACAACCAGGUGCAACCCUCCCACCGUUGGGUCUGCCCGCUCUCCCCACCGCUGGUGCCCCCGCCCCCGGGGCCCCCACCCCUGGUGCGCCCACACCGGUCCCUGCUGGCCCACCACCCACGCCUUCCGCUCCUGCAGCCUCUGCAGAAGGGAACACGGCCCCGGGCGCACCGGCAAGUGUGGGGGUGCCUCCUCCGGCGGCGGCAGGCGGUGGUGGUGGUGAGGGCCCAUUCGCUUGUCCACUCUGCUGGAAGGUCUUCAAGAAGCCCAGCCACCUGCACCAGCACCAGAUCAUCCACACGGGCGAGAAGCCUUUCUCGUGCUCCGUGUGCAACAAGAGCUUCAACCGAAGGGAGAGCCUCAAGCGCCACGUGAAGACGCACUCAGCCGACCUCCUGCGCCUGCCAUGCGGGGUCUGCGGCAAGGCCUUCCGCGACGCUGCCUACCUGCUCAAGCACCAGGCGGCGCACGCAGGCGCGGCGGGGCCCCGGCCCAUGUAUCCCUGCGACCUGUGCGGUAAGUCCUAUUCAGCACCUCAGAGCCUGCUCCGCCACAAGGCUGCACAUGCACCGCCUGCCACCCCCGAUGCACCCAAGGAUACGGUGGCCGCCGUUUCACAGCCCGGGCCAACCUUUCCUCCCGGGCCCUACUUGCUGCCGCCGGACGCCCCUGCCACAGACAGUGAGAAGGCAGCGGCGGCCGCAGCAGCUGUGGUGUACGGGGCCAUGCCCGUGCCGCUCCUGGGCGCACACCCUCUGCUGCUUGGCGCGGGGACCAGCGGGACAGGCAGUGCGGGCGCCAGCGGCCCCGGAAAGACCUUCUGCUGUGGCAUCUGUGGACGCGGCUUCGGGCGCCGUGAGACCCUGAAGCGCCACGAGCGCAUCCACACAGGCGAGAAGCCACACCAGUGUCCGGUGUGUGGGAAACGCUUCCGUGAAUCCUUCCACCUGAGCAAGCAUCACGUGGUGCACACUCGCGAGCGCCCCUAUAAGUGCGAGCUCUGUGGCAAGGUCUUCGGCUACCCACAGAGCCUGACGCGCCACCGCCAGGUGCACCGGCUGCAGCUGCCCUGCGCUCUGGCUGGGGCUGCCGGCCUCCCCACCGCCCAGGGCGCACCUGGAGCUUGUGGUUCAGGUACUUCAGCCACGGCCGCAGGGGCCACCGAGGGCCUGAGCUACCCCUGCUCGGACUGCGGUGAGCACUUUCCAGAUCUUUUUCACGUCAUGAGCCACAAAGAGGCCCACAUGUCGGAGAAGCCCUAUGGCUGCGAUGCCUGUGGCAAGACCUUCGGCUUCAUCGAGAACCUGAUGUGGCACAAGCUGGUCCACCAGGCUGCCCCCGAGCGCCUGCUCCCGCCCGCGCCCAGCGGCCAGCAGCCUGCGGAUGCCUCUGGCGGUGCCGAGGCAGCCAGCGUGCUGGACAAUGGGCUGGCGGGGGAGGUGGGCGCGGCCGUGGCAGCGCUGGCAGGGGUGUCCGGGGGUGAUGAUGCUGGAGGUGCUGCAGGGGCUGGGGGCGGUGGGGGCGCCAGCUCAGGCCCCGAGCGAUUCAGCUGUGCCACUUGCGGCCAGAGCUUCAAGCACUUCCUGGGCCUGGUUACUCACAAGUACGUACACCUGGUGCGGCGGACCAUGGGCUGCGGCCUCUGCGGCCAGAGCUUCGCUGGCGCCUACGACCUGCUUCUGCACCGGCGCAGUCACCGGCAAAAGCGGGGCUUCCGCUGCCCAGUGUGCGGGAAGCGCUUCUGGGAGGCGGCCCUGCUGAUGCGCCACCAGCGCUGCCACACGGAGCAGCGGCCCUACCGGUGUGGCGUGUGCGGCCGAGGCUUCCUGCGCUCCUGGUACUUGCGGCAGCACCGUGUUGUGCACACGGGCGAGCGGGCCUUCAAGUGUGGCGUGUGCGCCAAGCGCUUCGCACAGUCGUCCAGCCUGGCGGAGCACCGGCGGCUACAUGCAGUGGCCCGGCCCCAGCGCUGCGGCGCCUGCGGCAAGACCUUCCGCUACCGCUCCAACCUGCUGGAGCACCAGCGGCUGCACCUGGGCGAGCGUGCCUACCGCUGCGAGCACUGCGGCAAGGGCUUCUUCUACCUGAGCUCUGUGCUGCGCCACCAGCGUGCUCACGAGCCACCGCGGCCCGAGCUCCGCUGCCCAGCCUGCCUCAAGGCCUUCAAGGAUCCGGGCUACUUCCGAAAGCACCUGGCGGCCCACCAGGGCGGGCGGCCCUUCCGCUGCUCCUCCUGUGGUGAGGGUUUUGCCAACACCUACGGCCUCAAGAAACACCGCCUGGCGCACAAGGCGGAGGGCCUCGGGGGUCCUGGGGCAGGGGCCGGCACGUUGGCCGGGAAAGAGGCCUGACCAGGGGUCUUCCCCUGCACCACUCCACUGAGCUGUCCCCUUCCAGACUCGCCCCUUGCUGGCCGCAGGUCAGACUCUGCCCCUCCUCACCAGUUGCCCUCUCCGUUCUUCGGAACUUCAGACAGACUAGCCUCCUCUGAGGCCCACGCUGUACAAAACACAAGGCUGAAUCACUCCCAAACUAGACUUCUCUGGCCCUCCUCUCAUCCCAUCUGACACUAAAUUUGAUCCUCCAUUCGACCCUUCUUUGUAACCCCCGUCAGCCCCCCGCCCCAGCAGCAUUCUUUCCCGACAAGCUUCGGUGGAGGCGGGCGUGAACCGCCCUUCCCUGGUGGGAUCCGGCUGGACAGCGGGAUGCGACUGGAGCUGGGAGGGCACAAGGGGCCUGGGUGCUCUUUCGGAUUGUGGGGUGGGGGGCGGGUGGCAGACGCGGCUUGUACAGAGCAGAGAUAAUAAACCUAUCACCAGGGCGACGGAGUCCUCCCUCGUGUCCCAGGGAGAGGGGAUUAAGUGCUGGC